AUGUAUCGUCUGGUGGCCUUUCCCGUUCGAGUGAUCGUGGCUGCGAUUCGUUGUUCGACUUUUUGUGAAACUCCGCGGCAAUACCCUGAGCCACUCAACGACGACCCUACGCCUCCGGGAGGUAUGCCUGACAUACCCACCAACAUGGGCUACAAAGAGAGGCCGAAACGAAAGAAAUGUGAACAAGAGGAUGAUGAGUAUGAUAGAGGACCGUUCCAUGUUAGCCUUCGUAGGAAGCGAGACACUAAGCGCAGUCGACGUCGUAAGUCUGAACAUCGGAUACUUGAGACUCCUAGGCAGAGGACGCCGAAGAACGACAUAGACACAACGACCAGCCCCAUUGAGCCAGAACCUCUAAAGGCUCAAUCUCACAGAGUAGACCUCUGGAACCAACCACAACCACGACCGAAACGAAAAGACUUGUUAUCACCCGAACAGCUGUAUUGGUUAUAUAACAGAGCACCGGCUGGUACAUUCAGCCCAAAGCGACCAGUACGGCGCAAGAUUGCAGAAUCGUCUUCAUCACCAAAGCAGCAGUCCAACGUUCGUAUUGUUGACGCGCAUGUCUACUAUCAGUGGUUCCAUACUGUACGCUGCUGUGUUUUGCAGCACGGUCGAUCGGAUAAUACGCUCCGACAUGGUUGUCUUCCUCAUCAUAUCGUUUUCUUGCUCCACUUGAAGUGGAUUACGCUAGAGGAAUGUCUUGACUGGGCUGAGGGACGAGCGUACGUCGGUGAGGGACUUCUCGAGUUUGCUGAAGACAGUAAGAAUGGCGUCGAAUGGAGGAUCAACGAGAAAUCUAGAUUACCGAGUGAGGAAGAAUUGAGAAGGUAUAUUAGCAGCUGGACCAAAUUUAUACCUCCGCCUCACGCUCGGUAUGACUGGCAGGCCGAUAGUCUGGAUCGUAAACGGUAUGGACCAUUUGGACAGAAAUUCUCACUUGCGGGAUUCGCGACGACGAAGGAGCUGGUAGAUAUCGCUGCAAGGAUAACGAAUGCCGAAGAAUGUGCAGACUCAAUUUGUCUGCCAGACGAGCUUGCGACCGUGCUUAGACCGCUCAUUGAGAGCAAGCGUAAACAAGACGUGGAAGUGCAGGAUCCUGUCCCACAACCAGAAGAAGAGCUCUGUCCAGAAGGGAAGCCUUGUCCAGAAGAGGAGCUGUGUCCAGAAGUUGAGGACUCGGAGAACGCCGACAGUGAAGAGGGGGAUCCGUGUCCAGAGGAAGAGCCUCGCACUGAAAAUGGGUCUUUGGACUGCACAGAAGUUGUUGAGGACUCGGAGAAUGCCGACAGUGAUACCGCCACCCAAUCAAUUGAGACAUGGGAAGGUCAGCAGGUUGCUGAAAACGGAACGGACCUGAGAUCAGACCGCACAGCACCGCCUCCUAGUCCAAAAAUGGUACCCGUGAUGAUCAGUCUGGGCCGAGAGGCUAGUCCAGCGUUAUCUGAGGAGACAUUGUCUUCCACCCCUCUGAGCACCGUCCUUGAUCUUCCCUCCACCAACCCUUGCCCCAGCGAGGAGCAGUCGCAGCCUCCCGAGGACUGCACAAGCGAGGAAAGCAAGGACAGCGAUGUCAUAGAAGUACCCUUGGAAGAUUCAGACAUGGAGGACUGUUUCGUUAUGCAGCAGCCGACGGAGGCUGUAUGGACGGGAGGCCUUGCAGCCAUGGACUGCGAUUGCGACUGGACUUCGGACCAAAAUAAUGUCGACGACAAGGACGUUGAAAUGGCUCCGAUCUCCGCAGUCGAUUUCGACGCAUCAGACUCUGAUCCUCGAAAGAUGUCGAUUGAUUCGAUUAACCCGGAGCCUUCUAAUAUCUGGAAUUUCUCCCAGCCCGUCCCAUUUAACCUCCCAACUGUCGACGAAGAGAUGCAGGAUGCAGGACCGAUUUAUUCGAAUCCACACCCUCAGUCCUGGGUCUGGGACAAUAAACACCGUACGCAAGAUCCUUCAAGCAGCGCUAUUGAGAUGCAGGAUGCAACACACAUCACGGCUGAAGCAAGACCUGAUAUGCAAUCUAUACAUCUUGUCAUCUCACUCACACCGCCAACCCCAGCUGCUCCGACGCCCGCUCCUUCUAUACAGUUCUUAUCUCCAAAACCGAAUAACGUCGCACCUACGCAAAGCUCAUCUACAGUGCCUGCUGUUAAUGUUGUCACUUCUUUACCGGGGAAUCGCUCUCAGCCCCGGCAAGGCGUAGUACCUUCUCAUCUUGCAACUCCUCCUUCCCCCAAGCCGCCUAUACCAUCACAGACAGCUGCUGUUGCACCUCGCCGUCAGCGAGCCAACGCUCUACUUGCACCAGUUACGGGAGACAUCGAUUCAAAGUCCAAGACCCAGGCAAGACGUAACCACCAACGGUCAGCUUCGGCUGACUUUGCACUCGGUAUCGGAGCAGUAAUUAGGGAUGCACACGCGACACUGCCCGACUAUGUGAGUGACGAUGAACAGGAGAGCUCUUACGCGUCAGCCGGUCCUGGACCCUCAUCGUACGCAAAGGCAAAGGGGAAAUUAAAGGCCGAACCUUUGUUGCCCACGCCCGAAUCAUCUCCGCCCAGGAACAAUAUGGUAUCAUCGUCCGUCACAGCUGAACCCGAGGAAUUUGUUUCCACAUACGACAAGCCAAACGCAGAUGAGGACGUCCACGGAUUAGAACUCGAUUACGGCGAGGCGGAAGAGCCGAAGAGCAAGCCCCCAUCGAGGUAUAGGAUUACGUCGCAAGAUGUUGAUGAAUUUUUUGCCAGCGUACUAUCGCCUUCGCUGGAAUAAUAUAAAUGGGAUCUUAAACAGUUCGUGCUUGGAGUCUUCUUCUUAAUUCUUAAUAUUCCGUAAUAUCCUGCACUUUAACAUUGAUUUCUUUAGCUUAUUUUUUUCAUUUGUUAUGGAUAAUACGGUACGCACCACAAUAUUUACUGUCUGCAAUUGCCUUGUAUAAUUGCUCUGUCACUGUCGUCGAUCCUCCAUGUACGCUAUGUACUUGAAUAACUACCUAUCCU